CAACAAAGCAAAGCUGAGGAGGAACACCGGACCGGCGGACCCCGACGAGGAGGAGAACCGGCGGCGGUGCGAGGUGGACAGACAGAUCCGGGGCGGCGGAGAACGGAUCGCGACCGGGGUGAGAACAAGCCAGGCCACAACCGCCCGCAAAGGAACGAACAAUCCGGCGUCGAAGGCAGAGCGAUCAAUGGCUUCUGCUGAGGGUGACAUGACAGGUCUCCUCUAUCUCUAUGUGGUCACUGGUCAGCGCAGAGCCACACGAGCAACCAAGUACACGAUAAACUGCGAAUUGACCCGGCGUCGGUGCUGGUGCGGUUCAUCCGUGCUUUAGUCGCGCCCCAUGCCCGUGCACGUCAAGCGUUCGUCUUAAUGCCUGUGAGGCACACCGUACGCGUCGUCCAUGGAGAAGUGCUCCCCAUGCAGCUCAAUGUGGACGGCCACUUGCCACGGCAGCCAAGGAGGCUCGCACCAGGGUCUGGACCGUCCUCAACGAGCUGAGCAAUCACGGUAACAUACCCAAACAUGCUGGAGUGGUUUGAAGGGCUCGGUGUAGAGAUGGAGAUAUCCGACAUGUCCUUCUCAGUGAGCACGGAAUUGGGGGCCAGCGGCAGCAGAUGCGAGUGGGGCAGCCGCAAUGGCAUCUCAGGACUCUUGGCACAGAAAAGCAAUGCACUCAGCCCUAGUUUCUGGCGCAUGAUUCGGGAGAUACUCAAGUUCAAGAACGAUGCUCUCAGGUACUUGGAGGACCAUGAAAACAACCCUGAUAUGGACCGGAAUGAGACUCUCGGGCAAUUCAUUCGGUCUCAUGGAUAUUCACAGUUCUUCCAAGAGGCUUACCUUACCCCGAUCUGUGCGUGUAUAUGGUCAUGCCCAUCGCAAGGAGUGUUGGGAUUCUCUGCUUUCUUUGUGCUCUCUUUCUGCCGUAACCAUCAUCUUCUUCAGUUGUUCGGUCGCCCCCAGUGGCUCACCGUGAAGGGUCGUUCGCACUCCUAUGUACACAAGGUAAGGGAGGAGUUGGAAAGUAUGGGUUGCCAAAUUAAAACCAGCUGUGAAAUCAAAUCUGUUUCAAGUUCUGAGGGAGGUUUCAGGGUUACAGUGUUUGAUGGUUCAGAGGAGACGUAUGACAGAAUCAUAUUUGGUGUCCAUGCACCUGAUGCUCUAAAGAUUCUAGGAGCUGAAGCAACACAUGAAGAAUUGAGGAUCCUAGGAGCUUUUCAGUACGUCUACAGUGAUAUAUACCUCCACUCCGAUAAAAGUUUGAUGCCACGGAGUUUGUCUGCUUGGAGUUCCUGGAACUUCCUGGGGACGACAAGCAAGGGGGUUUGUGUAACCUACUGGCUAAAUCUGCUUCAGAACAUAGAAUCUACAAGCAGACCUUUUCUGGUGACGCUGAAUCCUCCUCAUGUCCCAGACCACGUCUUUCUUAAAUGGUACACUAGCCACCCUGUCCCAUCUGUGGCUGCCGCAAAGGCUUCUCUUGAGCUUCAUCACAUUCAAGGAAACAGAGGAAUUUGGUUUUGUGGGGCAUACCAAGGUUAUGGUUUCCAUGAAGAUGGACUCAAGGCUGGGAAAGCUGCAGCUCAAGAUUUGCUUGGUAAGGAGAGUGACCUUUUGGUGAACCCAAAACAGAUGAUCCCAUCGUGGUCUGAGGCUGGGGCGCGUCUUCUGGUAACAAGAUUUCUUGGUCAAUAUGUGUCUGUCGGCAACUUGGUCUUGCUUGAAGAAGGAGGCACUAUGUUCAGUUUUGGUGAAGUAGGCAAAAAAUGCCAUGUGAAAUCUGUCCUGCGAGUACAUGACCCCAUGUUUUACUGGAAGGUUGCAACUGAAGCAGACCUUGGCUUGGCAGAUGCCUACAUUAACGGUUAUUUCUCAUUUGUAGACAAGAGAGAAGGUCUUCUAAAUCUUUUCCUGAUUCUCAUUGCGAACAGGGACGCAAACAAGAGUAGUAGCAGCGCUGCUGGUAAAAGGGGUUGGUGGACACCCCUGCUAUUGACAGCUGGGGUUGCCUCCGCUAAAUACUUCCUGCGUCACAUAGCAAGGAGGAAUUCUGUCUCACAAACACGUCAAAACAUCUCUCAACACUAUGAUCUGAGUAAUGAAUUCUUCUCUCUUUUCCUGGAUCCAUCGAUGACUUACUCUUGUGCCAUCUUCAAGACGGAGGAUCAAAGCUUAGAGGCAGCCCAGCUACAGAAAGUUUGCCUCCUAAUCGAUAAGGCUAAAGUGGAGCGAGAUCACCAUGUUCUUGAGAUUGGCUGUGGUUGGGGCAGCUUAGCAAUCCAAUUGGUGAAGCAAACUGGUUGCAAAUACACUGGGAUCACAUUAUCAGUGGAGCAAUUGAAAUAUGCACAGAGAAAGGUGAAAGAAGCUGGAUUAGAGGACCACAUAAGCUUCAUGUUGUGUGAUUACCGUCAAAUACCAACUCAGCGCAAAUACGACAGGAUCAUCUCUUGCGAGAUGAUCGAAGGUGUUGGGCACGAAUACAUGGACGAUUUCUUCGGCUGCUGCGAGUCCCUUUUGGCUCAAGACGGCAUAUUUGUCCUGCAGUUCAUCUCAAUCCCAGAAGAACGGUAUGAGGAAUACAGGCGCAGCUCAGACUUCAUCAAGGAAUACAUCUUCCCUGGGGGUUGCCUGCCUUCGUUAGCCCGGAUCACGUCUGCCAUGUCUGCAGCAUCAAGGCUCUGCAUCGAGCACCUUGAGAAUAUUGGGUACCAUUACUACCCAACGCUGAUACAGUGGAGGGACAACUUCAUGGCCAAUAAGGAUGCAAUUUUGGCCCUGGGCUUCGAUGAGAAAUUCAUCCGUAUAUGGGAAUACUACUUCAUAUACUGCGCCGCUGGUUUCAAGUCACGGACACUUGGGAACUACCAGAUUGUGUUUUCUCGCCCUGGCAACGACAAAUUAGGUGACAGCGGUAUACACUCCUUAAGCAAGCUUUCUGGCAGCUAAUAAUGCGAGGAUCUAUAUAUAUGUGGUGGUAGCUGGAUCAGUCGGAGCCUACACACCUGAACUUGAGCCUUUUUAUUUGUGAUCGAAUUGGACACGCAGUGCUGUGUACACGUCGCUAACUAACUGUACUUGCAGCGGCGGAUCAUUCCAUUGCUUCGAUCCAAUUUGACGUUUCAUCACUUUCUGUUUCUGUUGGCGCAACGUAACUCCAAUGAUUAACCUUGGCACAUGGCCGGCUGGGACGCAGGAGAGACUCGAGCAUUCACUUUCGCUGGAUAUACAUUUGUGUAUUGUGUCCAGUCUCCAGACUCCAGCGCUGUAUGAUGAGCUCAAGAACGUAGAUAUAUUGUCGUCAGAGUAAGACACCACGGUACCAAAGUGCUAGGAAAAAUCAGAGAUAUAGAAAGAUAGAGGAGCGCAGACCUAAAACCGCUGGAUCAGAGUAUCGAUAUAGCUGUAUGCACACGUACAAUAUAAAGAGGUUUGGACUCUUAAGCAUAA